AUGGCAUCCAGGCAGCCGGCGUGUGACCCCUGCAGAAGGGCCAAGCUCGCAUGCGACCACAAUCGUCCAGUCUGCUCCCGUUGCCGGAGUCAGCAGAAGCAGGGGUUGUGCACAUACAGGGUGUCACCCUUCAAGAGAAAACGUGCAAGUGAUUCCUCGCCACGACAACAAGAGAGUCGCAUUACCCGUCGUCGUGUCUCUCAAGAUGUCACCCCAACCCGUACCAGCCCUCAAGCCCAUGUCGCUACCAAGACCUACCUAUAUCCCAAUCCAGGACAUAUCGGACUUUCAAGUCAUGUCACUAUCUUUAACCAAAUAUUCCCCGACCAGCCAGAUGAGUCUCCGACGGCUGCAACAGGGCAUAGUGGUUCCCCAAAUUCCGUAAGCCCUGAGGGCCCCUCCUUGGAUGAUAAUCCUUUGGCAAGAAAAGGAGCCGGGCUGUUAAAACAACUGCUGGAAACAUAUAGUCUCUCAUCUAUGGAGAAGUUUGUCUCCUUCUGGAUUGAAAAUGGGGUAAAUCUGCCCCUCGCAGAACCCUUUGUGGCACUUUGUGCCCAAAUAUCCAACUACUCCUGUUUAUCAACCUUUGAGGGUCCAGAUUGGCACCUAAAACUGGCCCAAAAGAUGUUAGCCAACACAACCCGGCCCUUGGAAUAUGACGGCAACACAAGUUUCUCUGAAUAUGUGGCCCAAUUCACAGGGGAAAACACACGCUGGGAAACCUUGGGCCUCUUCUUAAGCGCGGUUCUUCGGGCUUUGAUCGAGAUUCCCUUCUUUCCUACUCUUUACACUACAGAGAAUAGCCAGCGCGAUCUGAAAAACAAGCUGCUGGCCUUGGUCGGCUGCUCCCUGGACGUUUGUCUAUCAUUGGACUGCCUAAACGACCUGCAGCAUGUGAUCCAGUACGAAAGCACCAUUACUUACACAUACACAAGCGGAGACCAAAGCUUCUUCUUGUACCGAAGGCUCGGGGACGUCAUGGCUUCCGUCUUUGCCCUCGGAUAUCAUGAGAACUUGGACGCCAAGUCUGACACGCCCCAGUUUCUCAUUCAACUACGCAAAGCCGCGUUUGCGCGUAUCUAUUCGGCAGACAAGAACGGCUCACUUUUUCUUGGCCGGCCGCCGCGUCUAAGCAAGCGAUUCUCUUGUUUCCAGCUCCCUGAUAGUCGUCUGCCUCUGGACUGUACCACAGCGACGCUUGAACCGAUCGGUACGCGUGAGUGGGAUCCAGACUCGGUUAUGAAUUACAGAGCAGAGACUCGAUGGUCAGCUUUGUGCGCGUUUGUGAAAGAAGAGGUGAUGGAGCUCAUGUUUGAUAACAGCCGCACUGAUUGCCACCAGAAGAUCGACGACGUUCCGUUUGAACGCGACUUUGUGGCCAGCACACGUCUUAACUACUUGCACACGACGUUUCUUAUCCGCCGCCUGGCGCUUGAUCGUUUAUCUGAGCCGGCAGCACCUCUGAUUGAAGUUUCGAUUGAGAUGCUCAAGCUUGCUGUCGAGGUUACGGUUCUACGGGAGGAGCUGUCAAAUUCAGGUACUAGACUCACUUGGAAGAUUGCUCACUAUGGUUUGCCUGCUGCUGGCAUAAUCAUAAUGGCGAUGCUUAACCAGAGCCCCACGCCACCGUGCCUCCGAGUUUCCAGAUCCAGAGUCCUCCAGGACUUGGCUGUUCUAGUGGCCGAAGUCGAGAGAGGCACGGUGGUAAAGGCCGAAGAUCCCAACUACGCCAUCCUUUCAAAAGCGACGCAGAUCAUCCAGCGAUUUCUCGACUUUAUUAAUAGUGAGCCGAGCACUGAAGCGGUCCCCCAGCUACCAGAACAGGUGCAGCCUGAUGCUCCGUGGGGACAGCAGCUGGGACAGGACUUGGAGUCUGAGUUUUCAUUCUGGCAGGGCAUCGCAGACCAUCCAUCUUUGUACAGUCAGUAUCUUUUGCCGCCAAGUGAAGCACUUGGAGAUCCAACUAGCACGUAG